CCCUUAAACAAGAGAUAAAAACGAGCAGGUUCCGAGGCCACCCAGUAACAAAUGGUGUGCGCGCGCGUCACGCUAGGCGCGGCGGAGGGAAGUCUGCCCCUAACAAACAUGGCUUCCCGGCUACUUCCGUCCUCCUGUCCGUAAUUUGGCACCGCGGCUUCUCGCGUUUUUACACUUAGCUCUGCUUAGCAAACGCCUGAACUUCCUCCUGCGGGGAAGGCGGGCUAGAAAGGACAUGUUGCAUUCUGAUUGGUUGCUAUGCGGAGCGUCGCCAGCUGCGCCCCGGCCCUGAUUGGUUGCCAAGAGGGGGCGCCUUCAGAGGCGGAGUCAGCGGCGUGGGGAGCCAUGGGUCAGCCCGCCAAGGUUUUACAGCUCUUUAAAACACUGCACAGGACCAGACAGCAAGUUUUUAAAAACGAUAAGAGAGCAUUGGAAGCAGCCAGAGUAAAGAUAAAUGAAGAAUUCAAAAAACAUAAAAACGAGACAUCUCCAGAGAAAAUAAAAGAGAUGAUGAAACUAGGUUCUGAUGUGGAAUUAUUGCUCAGAACAGCUGUUAUUCAAGGAAUUCACACAGACCAUGACACACUGCAACUGGUCCCCAGGAAAGAUCUUCUCACAGAAAAUGUGCCGUACUGUGAUGCGCCAACCCAGAAGCAGUAAAGCUUCCAGGAUAAACCCACCUCUGCUCCAUCCCACUUUAAAUACAUACCUGGCAACGGUCCUGGACAUGCACAUGUUUCUCUCCGAAGCGCACGUUGCAAAUGAGCGACAGGCUGAGGGCUACAGAGGAAAUAGACAUGCCUUUCACUGACAUGGGCAACUGAAGGCCUGGGGAGGCAGGACACUCCUCUCUUUCCCUUUGGUAGGUCUUACGGUCUUACAAAGCUGUUUGCCAGUGAAGCACCUUACCAAAUUGGUGACUUUUCAUCUCAUGGGACACACAUAGCUAAAUACAAAAUGCUACAUUAAAUUGAUGUUUAAUCCCAAAAUAUUAAGUUGGUAAAAAAUUAACAUUUUUCUUCCAGCUCUCUUCUGAAAGCAGCCAUUGUUUCCCAAAGUCCCGUGGUUAUUUCUGCGGCUAACAAAUAAUUACGUAGUGUAUUUCUCUGCAUUCUUACAAAGACAACAUUCCCCUUUUUGUUUUGUAUGUAUGGGUGUUUUGCCUGCUUAAAUGUCUAUGCACCGUGUGUAUGCAGUACCGUGCCUGCAGAGGUUGGGAGAGGGAAUUGGAUCCCCUGGGACUGGAGUUAUAGAUGAUCAUGAGUUUCCUAGAAGAACAGCCAGUGCUCCAAAGCACUGAGCCAUCUCUCUAGCCCCUGUAAAGACAUUAGAUAGAUGAAAUAUCAAAGUCACUCUGGGUCACUAUAGAAUAGAGACAUCCUCUUUAGGAAGUAGUGGUCCUCUGUCAGAUGGCUUGUGGUCUUUGUAGACUGCUGUGAAAUGCUGUAGAUUUUUCUCUCUCUCUCUCUUCCUCCCUCCAUCCCCCCUCCCUGCCUCUCUUUUGAGAUAGGGUCUCCCUGUGCAGUCCUAGCCAUGACCUCUAAGAUCCACUUGCCUCUGCCUCCCCAGUGCUUUACAUAAUUUGAUCUCUAGUGUUCCAAAUAACUAAUAGUAAUAAUAACAAUUGGAUUUUAUCAAAGUUAAAAACAUUUACAUAACGAUUAGUGAAUAAUUAUAGAUGAAAUAUCUGUCAUAUAUAGGAUGAUUCUAUAAAACAUAUUUUACCAGGAUGAAAAAAGGGUUAUCAGACUAUAUAAAGGACUUCAAGUAUUCGAAAGCAAGUAGGGGCUGAGAUGGCUCAGAGGUUAAGAACUCCUGCUGCUCUUCCGUAGGACCCGAGUUCAGUUCCCAGCACCCUUUCAGGUAACUCACAGCUGUUACUCCAUUUCCAGGGGAUCCUGUGCCCUCUACUGGCCUCCAAGGGCACUGCAUUCACAUGUAUAGACUCAAACCAACAGUAACACACAGAUGCAUAAUAAAGGAAUCGUGAAACAAGCAA